GAUGUUUCCGGAGUAAGAGCCUGGACGCGUAUCUUGCAGAACGUCAAAUUGAGGUACAGCGCAUACCUGCCGAGGCCCAUUGGCAGAUUUCCCUCGCUGAGCGAUCAGUCCAGACCAUAAAGGCAAUGAUGACUGCCUUAGUGUCAGAGCAGCCCCAGAUGCGUACUUCUGAGGCAUUCGCGCGGGCCACAUGGGCCUGCAACAACAGGGAUCAGUACCUGGGUUUCAGUCCGUUGCAGCAUGCUUUUGGAAGAGCCCCUGACGAACUGGGACACCUCGGAGAAAGCAAGCUCCAGGACAUUCCCAUCCUGACCGAAAAUGGAGUCUCUGCCGAGUUUGGCAUGAACGUCAAAGCGAUGAUUACAGCGGAGAAGGCCUUCCUGGAGGAACAGAGCAAGGGCAAGGAGUGGAGUCGGGCAUUGGGUUGUUUCUUUGUGAAGCAGCUGAGAAAGCAGGCGGUGGAAAUCUCUGAACGCCACCUCACGCCAGAAGAACUGGUAGCCCCGCAGUGGAGUGCCGCAGUAGGCAUGUUGCUGUCAAAGUCAAACCAUGGCACUGUGCAGGAGAUCAUUGACACGAACAAGUUACUUCGGAAAGCCAAGUUAGGACAACAUCAAAAGUUGAGGAUCCACAAGUGUCAGGAUCACAAGCCACUGAUAGCUGCAUGGGCGGAUGCAGCGGACUCACAUCGACCUGAUGGAGGAUCCACCAGGGGCAUCUUCAUCGGAUGGACAAGUCAUCAGCUACUACAAGGAGACCUGGUUCCCAUUAGUCCAGUGCUUUGGCAAUCAGCCAAGAUUCAGAGGACCUGUCGGAGUUCAGGUGCAGCGGAGACUCACGCCGCGAUAGAUGCCGAGGACGAGUUGUUUGCAGUUAG